GGUAAUGACAAUGCUGCUGUCAUUACUGAGGCAUUACAAUAUAUGUCCUCUCAUGAAUCCGCUCCUUUUAUUCCUCGCGUCCAUUCUGCUCCCUCUUCUCAGACUGCAAACGACAUAGCGGGAAUCUGAUAUUUGAUGUUAUUCACUUUUGUGAACUACAAAAACAAGUUCUUCUGCCUUGGACCGUCCCCCUACCAGAUCUAUUGCACAUGAAUGCCAUUGCAUCAAGAGAUGAUAUCCACAUGGCCGCUACACACCAGCAAGUUACUUCCUCGCUAAGACCAGAUUUCUGUCAAGAUCUAUCUGAUUCAGUGUGCUUUUAUCAAAUCUUUAACUCCGCAACUCCAAACAGCUUGAAAAUUCCGCGCUUUGUUGAUCACUUCAUCAAUGAUAUCAAGACUCCCAUGUUACUUAUCAACACUGGACAAAAAACUACUCAAAUUGCUGUAAAGCAUAAACGCCUUCACCGAAACUGGAGAGAUUUCGUUCUUCAACAUCAAUUGCAACACAAUGAAACUCUGAAUCCGGAAAAAGGUGGCCGCUGGGUUGUGUGCAAAAUUGCUGUCAUCUACGAGUCAGAAAGUUGA